AUAAAAAUAAAAGAAGAAGAACCAGUGUGCAGUGAGCAAGUCUUAGUCUACUAUCUUCCUUUACUCUUUCUUCACAAAAAACACCAAAAACACACACACUAAGCGUGCGAAAAAAAUAAAAUGGGGAUCUGGGAGUUCAUCGGUUCAACAGCUGAAUCUGUGAAACGGAACGCACCAGAUGCGACGCCGUUGAAGAUCGCGUGCAGAAAUUCCUACAAUUACGGCUCCGCCGCCCUCGCGAAGCUCGAUCAGGCCGUCAGGAUCGACGGCGUCUACCAGCUCCGCCGCCGGUGGAUCCCCGACGAUGAAACCAAAUCAAAGAUCGGGUUGUACAGCACCAAAUUCGCCAAAAAUGCAGGUGUUUAUGCAAUUCAGGAGGGCUACAAAUUGAUCCCCGGCGGAGUUGCAUUUUCGAAAAUUGUAUCUAAAACCAUGCACGAUAUCGAAUACGAGAAUCUUGCAGCAGAGAAGCUCAGGCUGUCGGAGAAGAAGGAAGAUACACCGCAUAAACACUCGGAUGGUGGUGGCCGGAGAUUGAUCGACGGAGCUGAGAUGCAGGGCAGCGGCGGUGUUGAAUAUUCCGUCUCGAAAGUAUUGGCUACUGAUAAAAGUCCGGAAGAUGUGAUCAGAACUUUUAUGAUGAAAGAGUUUUUCGGUGUUCGAUUUUUCGACGAUUUAAUGGUGCAUGAAUUAGCAAGAGCGACGAAAGGGAAGAAGAAGACUGAUAACUAAUGCAGCCCGGGACAUCUGCUAUUAAACCUGUUUGUUAUGUUGUUUCAUGAUUGAAAAUAUUGUGUCAAGUUCCCUGUUUGGAAGUUGUGUUUUAGCAUAACUUGAUAAACGGUUUAGUUGCGCUCGAACGAGCUUUAAUCAAAUCGAAUAUCAAUCGAGCUUAAGUAGUUUGAUUUUUUUAUUUCUUUUUUAUGUAUUUUAUCAUUUAUUUCUAGUCGAGAUGGAGCCAAACUUCAUAAUUUAUUAAACAAGAAUGUGUUGGCAUU